AUGCUGUCUAGACUGGUUAGUUCGUCACAUAUUAGUCUCGCAGCUAUUGUGCCGUCAGCGCAGGACGCGGAGGUGGUUACCAGUGGAGAGAACGACAAAGGUGCCCGCCCAACGGGAGCUGAGGAGAGGGGAAGUGUGGAAGGGACAGUGACAAUGGCGGCGAACGAGGGACGGGAAGGGGGAAACGGUAGAGAGCACGGCGAGGGAAUCGAUGGGGUGGGAGGAGGAGCUGAGAGAGCUAAUUGGCGCACGCGCCCGCUCGUCCCGCACGGCGCGUCCCAGUGGCCGCAGAUCCAAUCCCUGGCCGCCACGUCAGCAGGCGCCAGCCUGUCAAUCGACGCGAUCUUCGCCACCCUCGGCCUCCCGCCACUCGCGGACGGCCAUCCGCAGCUGCCGGUGCGCGUUCGCCAGCACGUGAACCCCUUAAAGACGUCUCUAAUGGCGCCGCCGUCGCCCGUGGACUGGGCGGCAGUGUAUGAGGACCCGUCGCUGCCGCUGGUGGUGGACAUUGGGUCGGCGAGUGGGCGGCUGGUUUUGGCGCUUGCUGUGAGGGACUGGCGCUGGCGCGCGCAGCAACGGGGAGGGGAGAAAAGAGAGGAGGAAGGAGAGGUGGGAGGAAAGGUGGGAGGGGAGGAAAGACAAGAAAUGGGGCAGGGGGGAGUGGCUGGGGAAUUGGUGGGGAAAGGAGACGCACAUGGAGGGGCACCGUCAUUCCUGCCCUCCCCGCCGCUCAACUUUCUGGGAUUCGAAAUCCGUGACAAGCUCGUGCAGCGCGCCGACGCGUGGCGCCGCCAGCUGGCGCUGCGCAACGCGCACUUUGUCGUCGCCAACGCCACGUCAGCACUCGAAUCCGUGCUGGCAACCUACCCGGGACCACUCGUAGCCGUUUCCAUCCUCUGCCCUGACCCGCAUUUUAAGAAUAAGCACCGGAAGCGGCGGGUGGUGCAGCGGGGGCUGGUAGAGGCGGUUGUGCAGGUUUUAGUGCCAGGUGGACAUGUUUUUGUGGAGUCUGACGUGGAAGAGGUGGCUGCUGACAUGUACUGGCAGUUUGCUGAUUACGGGAGGGGAGGAGGGGAGGGGGGUGGUACGAGUUUGGAGGGUGGGGAUGACAGUGGGAGAGGUGAGGUUGGGAGGGAGGAGAGUGAGGGUGAGAGUGAGAGUGAGGGAGUGGGGAAUGCGACCGAGGAGUGUGAGAGUGCGGGAGUGCGGAGUGUGAACGACAGUGAAUGUGUGCCAAGGUUUAUUCCAAGCAACUUUGUUGUGGCAGGAGGUGUGAGUGGGGAGGAAGGAGAGGGGAGUGUGUGGCAGGAGUUGGCAAGUGGAGAGAGGGCAGAAGAGGGGAACGCAGGGGAGGGGGUUGCAGGGGAGGGGAGUGCAGAGGAGGGCAGAGUAGGGGCGGGAGUAAGGUGGCUGGAUUACAACCCCCUGGGAAUGCCGAGUGAGAGGGAGGUGGUGGUGCUGCUGCAGGGCUCACCCAUGUAUCGUGCUCACUUCGUCAAGCAUCAUUCCAUUGGUUCCCUCACCACCCACGCCCUCACUCCCUCGACACUCCCCUCUUUCCCUCAUCUCCUCAACCUCUCUUCCACUCAACGCCUCACCUCUGCAACCGCUCAUCGCCUCAUCCCGCACCCAAUCACUCUCACCACCACUGCCUUCCCAUCCCACUCAACUUAUCCGCCUGAAUCCAUCCAAUCCCCGCCUGCCAGGUGGCAGAGAAGCCCAGCAUCGCGCUCACCAUCGCUCAAGUCAUGUCGCACGGGCAGAUGGCCUCUCGUCGUCGCUCCUGGCUGGACGUACGUGUGUUCAACGCUGACGUCAGAGGAGCGCCUGCUCACUGCGCUGCCACUGGGACUGGGGCACACCGCACAUGCCCGAGCUCCAUUCAUCAGACUUCCUCUGCCUCCUCCUACCCCUCUCUCCCCUCCAAUCCACUCUCCUAGAUGUCUUCCCGGCGCUCCCGGCUGGACGUGCACGAGUUCAGCGGUGACUUUCGAGAUGGCUUCCCGGCGCUCUUCGCUGGACGUGCACGAGUUCAGCGGUGACUUCAGAGGAGCGCCUGCUCGCUGUGCUGCCAGCACACCCCCCUCCCCCUCCCCCUCCCCCUCCCCCUCCCCCUCCACCUCCCUCUCACCUCCAGAUGGCUUCUCGCCGUUCCUGGCUGGACGUGCACGAGUUCAGCGGUGA